ACGAUGGGAGGAGACUUUUGCGACAGUUCGUGAUAUCGUUCCGCUGGCGGAAAUUCCGCGCGGCCUUUUCCUCGCUACAGCGGCAAAUGAGAAGAAGCGUUUAACUGCGCGUGCAGACACUGAGAAAGUCUUCAUCAUUACCACGCGUGUACGUGAUUGUGAUUUUAUACAACUGGUUCUCCUCAUUCCUGCCCUCUCUCGCGCGUCACUGCAGAUCUCGUCGCGUUUGCGCGCGUCAGGAUGGAGCUGAUCACAAUCCUCGAGAAAACCGUGUCUCCAGAUCGGAAUGAGUUGGAGGCGGCGCAGAAGUUUCUGGAGCAGGCAGCCAUCGAGAACCUGCCGACCUUUCUGGUGGAACUCUCCAAGGUGUUGGCGAAUCCUGGGAACACGCAGGUGGCACGUGUGGCUGCUGGUCUGCAGGUGAAGAACUCUCUGACAUCAAAGGAUCCGGAUGUGAAGACACAGUACCAGCAGAGAUGGCUAGCCAUAGACGGCAACGCACGCAACGAGAUCAAGAACUUCGUGCUGCAGACUCUGGGCACAGAGACGUAUCGGCCGAGCUCGGCGUCACAGUGUGUGGCUGGUAUCGCAUGUGCUGAGAUCCCUGUGAAUCAGUGGCCAGAGCUCAUCCCUCAGCUUGUGACCAAUGUGACAGAUCCCAGCAGCACAGAGCACAUGAAAGAGUCCACACUCGAGGCCAUCGGAUACAUCUGCCAGGACAUUGAUCCAGAACAUCUUCAGGACAACGCCAACCAGAUCUUGACAGCCAUCAUUCAGGGCAUGAGGAAGGAGGAGCCCAGUAACAACGUCAAACUCGCUGCUACUAAUGCGUUGCUCAACUCACUGGAGUUCACCAAAGCCAACUUUGACAAGGAGACGGAAAGACACUUCAUCAUGCAGGUCGUCUGUGAAGCCACACAGUGUCCUGACACCAGGGUAAGAGUGGCUGCGUUACAGAAUCUGGUGAAGAUCAUGUCCUUAUAUUACCAGUACAUGGAGACGUACAUGGGCCCUGCGCUGUUUGCGAUCACAAUAGAGGCCAUGAAGAGUGACAUUGAUGAAGUGGCCUUACAAGGAAUUGAGUUCUGGUCCAACGUCUGUGAUGAGGAGAUGGACCUGGCCAUUGAAGCCACUGAGGCAUCUGAACAGGGUCGUCCUCCAGAGCACACCAGCAAGUUCUAUGCUAAAGGAGCUCUGCAAUAUCUGGUGCCCAUUCUCACACAAACUCUCACCAAACAGGAUGAGAACGAUGAUGAUGAUGAUUGGAACCCAUGUAAAGCUGCUGGCGUGUGUCUCAUGCUGCUGGCCACAUGCUGUGAGGACGACGUGGUGUCUCACGUGCUGCCAUUCAUCAAAGAACACAUCAAACACCCUGACUGGCGCUACAGAGAUGCCUCGGUCAUGGCGUUUGGCUCCAUCCUAGAGGGACCUGAACUCAACCAGCUGAAACCACUCGUCAUUCAGGCCAUGCCGACGCUCAUAGAGCUCAUGAAGGACCCCAGUGUGGUAGUGAGGGACACAACAGCCUGGACGUUAGGACGCAUCUGUGAUCUGCUGCCUGAGGCGGCCAUCAAUGAAGUGUAUCUGGCCCCUCUGCUCCAGUGCCUGAUUGAAGGUCUUGGAGCGGAACCCCGCGUGGCCUCCAACGUCUGCUGGGCAUUCUCAAGUCUAGCUGAAGCUGCAUAUGAAGCCACAGAUGCUGCAGAAGACCAAGAGGAGCCUAGCACCUACUGUCUGUCCUCUUCAUUUGAACUCAUCGUACAGAAACUACUGGAGACCACAGACAGGCCGGAUGGUCAUCAGAAUAACUUGCGGAGCGCAGCAUAUGAGGCUCUGAUGGAGAUAGUGAAGAACAGUGCGAAGGAUUGUUACCCGGCGGUACAGAAGACCACACUGGUCAUCAUGGAGCGACUGCAGCAGGUCCUGCAGAUGGAGUCUCACAUUCAAAGCACGUCAGACAGAAUCCAGUUCAAUGAUCUGCAGUCUCUGCUGUGCGCCACCCUGCAGAACGUGUUACGGAAGGUGCAGCACCAGGACGCACUGCAGAUCUCAGAUGUGGUGAUGGCGUCUCUACUGCGCAUGUUUCAGAGCACAGCUGGAUCUGGUGGCGUUCAGGAGGAUGCGCUCAUGGCUGUCAGCACUCUAGUGGAGGUGUUGGGCAGUGACUUCUUAAAAUACAUGGAUGCCUUCAAGCCUUUCCUGGUUAUUGGACUGAAGAAUUAUGCUGAGUAUCAGGUGUGUUUGGCUGCAGUGGGGCUGGUGUGUGAUUUAUGUCGAGCUCUGAUGGCCAAUAUUCUGCCUUACUGUGAUGAAAUCAUGCAGUUGCUGCUUGAAAACUUGGGUAAUGAGAAUGUGCACAGGUCUGUGAAACCCCAGAUCCUCUCUGUGUUUGGUGAUAUCGCUCUUGCUAUUGGUGGUGAAUUCAAGAAGUACCUGGAUAUUGUGCUGGACACUUUACAGCAGGCCUCACAGGCACAGGUGGACAAGACAGAUUAUGAUAUGGUGGACUAUUUGAAUGAGCUGAGAGAAGGCUGUCUGGAAGCUUACACUGGGAUCAUCCAGGGUUUAAAAGGAGACCAAGAGAACGUACACCCUGAUGUAAUGCUGGUUCAGCCUCGUGUUGAGUUCAUCCUGUCGUUCAUUCACCACAUUGCUGAGGAUGAAGACCAUUCAGAUGGAGUUGUUGCCAACGCUGUAGGCCUCAUAGGUGACCUGUGUACGACUUUUGGCAAAGAUGUGAUGAAGAUGGUGGAGGUUCGACCUCAGAUCAACGAUCUUCUGACUGAAGGCCGGAGGUCCAAAACCAGCAAGACAAAGACUUUAGCGACAUGGGCCACAAAGGAGCUACGCAAGCUGAAGAGCCAAGCUUGAAGAAAGUCACACCACUGGGAUGGCAUGAGGAUAACUGGCUGUGGAAAUGGUACCAAGCAUAAUGGAAAUCAAACCCACUGAGGUUCUUCUGUCUUUACCCAUAGAAGUCAAAGCAGAAGUGACGUGUGCACUGAGAUGAGUGUCUGAGAAUGUGAGAGAGUGAAAGAGAGACAUAUCACACAACCUUUAGAGUUCAAUUCCAGCAGAAAAACAAACAGCGCCCAAAACCUUCACUUUUCCUACCUUUUUCAUGUGUGGUCUGUUUUUGACCCCACAAAUAAAUGAUUAUAGGUGACUAUUCUGUACAUGCUUGUGUUUGAACAGUUAGUGCAUCAUGAUAAAACAUCGUAAAACUGUCGACAUGUCCCCAUUUAGCAAAAGGAAAGGACUGUUUUGCGUAUGUACUUCUGCAGAACACAUUUUGGGGCGCUUAAGCGUUAAAACUGUGGAUUGUUUCCGAUUACACAAUGCACUUAAAGAUAUAAACAUGCGGAAGGAAAUGACGCUGCUGGAAUUGAAAAUGGCGUGACUGGAGUGAGUGUGUGUGUGUGUGUGAGUGAGAGUGAGCGGGGUUUACUAUUUCUACAUCUCCCUCUUAAUUUCAACUGGUAAUAAAAAAACAUGACAAAUAUCUUGUUGCAAAUUUAGUGAGAUGCUCUUAAUGUAAACAUGGGAGAGCGGAGGUGUCGUCGACUGGCAGCACUUUGGUGAACUGGCGAUGGGCGUUCAUCGUGCUUCUGCAAGUGAAUCACUGCAGUAUUUUGUUUUCUUCUAUCCUGUUUAUAUAGUUCUCUCAUUAGUAUGUUAAGAUGGGCAAUACAGAUUUGCAGAGGUUUUGCCUGCCACUCGAGAAUUGACUUUCUAGCGGAGCAAUUGAUUGUUCAAGGGGUCCAGGAAUUAGAUGCAAUGUCUAACACUUACACAGCCUCCUUUGUUCCCCUCUAUUUGUUUUGCAGAAAAACAAGUGCCAAAUCCAUGCAAAUACCAAUGGACUUGAGCUUAAUAAACAUGCAUUAACAUUAGAAUAUUCCAAAUAAAUGUCAGUGUCACAAUCUCUUUGAUUUGGACUGAUGUACUUUGGUGGUUUUUUUUUUUCUUUCUUUUUUUUUUCUUUCUUUCCAGCACUUAAUUGGAGUCAUUCACCCAGUUAAAAAAAAAAAAAAAAAAAAAAGACAAUGGUGAGAAUCAGACAUUUGUAUGAGGUUAUAUUUUUCCAUUGAUAUGAAUAAAAUAAAAUUAAACAUU